AUGGCGCUGGGAAGAAGUGAAUCAUUGGAUGGAAGAGCAAAAAGAGCAAACAAAGCUGGUACUUCCAUGGAAUCUCUUCCCAAAGAGAUGAUUGUUAAGGUUCUUGCCCUUGUUGCCUCAAAAUCAUUAACUGAUCUUGUUAAUGCCAAAUUGAGUUGUAAAUAUCUUCUUGAAAUAUCGGAAGAUGAUUUCAUCUUUGAGAAGGUAUCCAUUGACAAGUUUAGGAUACUUCCUUGGUGGAAGAUGACCAACCAAGUCUCCAUGUUUUUAAAACGUUGCGAAGAGAGUGGAAAUCCAGAAUGGUUAUACAUAUUAGGCCUGCACGAAUUUUUCAGCUUGUCCAAAACAAAUUAUGGAUUGAAUUGUUUGAAGAGAGCUGCUGAUAAAGGACACGUUAAGUCAAGCUAUAUUUACAGUAUCAUUCUUAUAUGUUGCGGGGGUGAGCAGAAGGAACAAGGUUUAAAGCUUUUAGCUUCUUUGAAGAGGUUUAGAACAACAGAGUUUAGAAUGAAAAUUAGACAGGAUUUUCAGCGGAUAUGGAUCCGUAAUAUCAUAACCAUUGAUCCUGAACAAGAAGAAGAUUUUAAUUCUAGGAGCUGCAACUGUUUGGAAAACUGGAAUGGAGGGAGUUGGGAAGGAGAAGACGCUGCUGCUUCUUGUUGUGAAUCAUGUUUUUGCCAUCGCGAAGUGGAGUUCUUCUGUCAAUUGCUUAGGAAUCAUUAUUUGUUCAAACAGUAUUAG